UCUCCCUACUCUCCCCCUCAAUUCCAUCAUUUGCUCUCCCAACACUCUCAAACUCCUCCCUUUCAUCUCAAAUUUCUUCCAGCUAUGAAGAAGUUGAUCCGCCGCUUGUCGAGAGUCUCCGAUUCCUCACAGUACUGCCUCCUCCGAUCCGACUCCCGAUCCGCCACCCGCACCCGCCGCUCCGAGAGCUUCCGCACGGCCAAGCUCCGCCGUCCCCUCAGCGCCGGUGGAGUCCCCCACGGCCACCUCCCGGUCUACGUCGGAGAGGAGAUGGAGCGGUUCAUCGUGAGCGCCGAGUUUCUUAACCACCCGGUCUUCGUCAAUCUGUUGAAUAAAUCGGCGCAGGAGUACGGGUACGAGCAGCAGGGCGUUCUGCGGAUCCCUUGCCACGUCCUCGUCUUUGAGCGAGUCCUUGAAGCACUCCGGCUUGGCGACGAGGCGGGAGAUUUGCAAGAGCUCGUGAACUCGGAGUGUCUCUGAGUUUUGUUACUUCAAUCGAUGAGUUUUCUUGAACGAGGUUUUAGAAUAGAUGUGAUAUCAGAUCGUUUUUUUUCUUUCUCUGUAAAUAUGCUUUGCGAUCUUCAGAUCAAGGGGAAAUUUAGCCUUCCUUCAAGCUGUUCGAUGUUUUUUUUGGUUGUUUGGUGUAAAGUGAAGAUACUCUCGUUACUGAAACGGCAAUCGAGAUACCUAUUUUAUUCUUUCU